AUGCACAUCAGUGUUUGGCCGUACUCGCUCUCCGUCGUAAUGGCAGCUCUGUACCAGGGCACGGACGCCUCCUCUCCGGAUAAAUUCCUGGCCUUGAAAGACGUGAGAGAGGUGAAAGAGGAAACUACGCUGGACGAGAAGCUCUUCCUGCUGGCGUGCGAGAAAGGCGACUACUACAUGGUGAAGAAACUGCUCGAGGAGAACCGACACGGCGAGCUCAACAUCAACUGUGUGGACGUGCUGGGCCGCGAUGCCGUCACCAUCGCUAUCGAGAACGAGAAUCUAGACAUCCUGCAGCUUCUGCUAGAACAUGGCUGCCAGGCAACAGACGCCCUGUUGGUGGCCAUAGACUCCGAGGUGGUGGGAGCUGUGGAUAUCCUCCUCAACCACAGGCCGAGGCGAUCUUCCAAGCCCUCCAUUGCUAAACUGAUGCAGAGGAUUCAGAACCCAGAGUAUUCCACCACCAUGGACGUGGCUCCGGUCAUCCUGGCAGCCCACAGGAACAACUACGAGAUCCUGACCAUGCUGCUGAAACAGGACAUCUCGCUGCCCCGGCCCCAUGCCGUAGGCUGCGAGUGCGCGCUCUGCAACGCUAAAAACAAGAAGGACAGCUUACGACACUCCAGGUUCCGCCUGGACAUCUACCGCUGCCUGGCCAGCCCCUCUCUGAUCAUGUUGACUGAGGAAGAUCCCAUACUCAGGGCCUUUGAGCUGAGUACAGACCUCAAGGAGCUCAGCCUGGUUGAGGUGGAGUUCAGGAACGACUAUGAGGAGCUGGCAAAGCAGUGUAAGAUGUUUGCCAAGGACCUCCUGGCUCAGGCUCGAAACUCUCGAGAGCUAGAAGUGAUUCUCAACCACACAUCCAGUGAGGAUCAUGUCGACAAGAGAGGCUUACUUGAGGAGCGCAUGAAUCUCAGUCGACUCAAGCUUGCCAUCAAGUACAACCAAAAAGAGUUUGUGGCUCAGUCAAACUGUCAGCAGUUCCUCAACACCGUCUGGUUUGGAGAGACGGCCAGCUACCGGCGCAAACACACCUGUCUAAAGAUGGCCACAGUGCUGACCGUGGCGAUGCUCUGGCCGCUGCUUUCUGUCUGCUACCUUCUGGUGCCGCGCUCCCGCGUGGGCCAGAUCAUCCACACGCCCUUCGUCAAGUUCAUCAUCCACAGCGCCUCCUACUUCACCUUCCUGCUGCUGCUCAACCUCUACUCUCUGGUCUACAACGAGGGCAAGAAAAACACCAUGGGUCCUGCGCUGGAGAUGAUAGACUACCUGCUCAUCCUCUGGAUCAUAGGGAUGGUGUGGUCGGAUGUGAAGCGUCUGUGGUAUGAGGGCCUGGAGGACUUUCUGGAGGAGUCGAGGAACCAGCUGAGCUUUGUGAUGAAUUCUCUUUACCUCGCCACCUUUGCCCUCAAGAUAGUUGCUCAUAGCAAGUUCAAGAAUGUGGAGGACACAGAGAGGAAGAACUGGGAUGCCUUCCAUCCCAUCUUGGUGGCGGAGGGCCUGUUUGCAUUCGCUAAUGUUCUAAGCUACCUGCGACUCUUCUUCAUGUACACCACCAGCUCCAUACUGGGGCCGCUGCAGAUCUCCAUGGGUCAGAUGCUGCAGGAGUUUGGAAAGUUUCUGGGCCUCUUCCUGCUGGUGUUAUUCUCCUUCACCAUUGGACUCACCCAGCUUUACGGAAAGGACCGGAAAGACCCGGACAAGACUCCACCGAAGGACUGCGAGGGCAUAUUCUGCCAGCAGCAGAGCAAUGAUGCAUUCCACACGUUUAUGGGGACCUGCUACGCCUUAUUCUGGUACAUCUUCUCCCUGGCUCACGUUACGCUCUUUGUCACCCGCAUCGCCUACACGGAGGAGCUUCGCUCUUUUGUGGGCGCCAUGAUCAUAGGCACUUACAACAUUGUGGUGGUUAUUGUGCUGACCAAGCUGCUGGUGGCCAUGCUCCAUAAAAGCUUCAGACAAAUUGCUAAUCACGAGGAUAAAGAGUGGAAGUUUGCUCGGGCCAAACUGUGGCUUAGCUACUUUGACGACAAGUGUACCCUGCCUCCGCCGUUCAAUAUCCUCCCCUCUCCAAAGACGGUCUGCUACCUGGUGACCAGCAUGAGGAAGUGGGUCUGUUCGCAUACCUCGAAGGGCAAGGUGAAGAGACAGAACAGCCUCAAGGAGUGGAAGAACUUGAAGCAGAAGCGUGACGAGAACUACCAGAAGAUCAUGUGUUGCCUGGUGCACCGCUACCUGACCUCCACGCGGCAGAAGAUGCAGAGCACAGACCAGGCCACGGUGGAAAACCUGAACGACCUGCGUCAAGACCUCUCCAAGUUUCGCAACGAGAUGAGGGACCUGCUCGGCUUCCGGACCUCCAAAUAUGCCAUGUUCUACCCAAGGAGCUAAAAAAAAACCCACUAGAUAUCUCUUCCCCUUCCCCCUCUCCUCUUGACAAAACCUCUGCUUCUUGUUUAUCUGGGAUGCCGUGUGACCCGAGCAUGUGAUAAACUCUGCUCCUUUGAGUCACAGAGGCAAUUUUAAACCUGGAACUUAACUAGAAACAUAUAUAUUCUCCACCAAAGCCUCCAAGACUCAGGCCCCCUAUGUAUUAUUCAGCUAUUCUACCCUUUUUGUAAAUAAAGAAAGCCAUUGUUUUCAACA